AUGCGCACAACAGACACCGCCAUCGCACUCGAGAAUGCCCACUCGGCGCACAACUACCACCCACUACCCGUAGUGCUUGAGCGUGGGGAAGGAGCGCGAGUAUGGGAUGUGGAAGGGGCCUCGUACUUGGAUUUCCUUAGUGCAUACAGCGCCGUCAACCAAGGCCAUUCGCACCCGCGGAUUCUCUCCGCACUCACAGCCCAAGCCUCAAAACUAACGCUGAGCAGUCGAGCAUUCCACAACGACGUAUUCCCGGCAUAUGCGCGCAAAUUAACCUCUCUCCUGCACUACGAUAUGGUACUCCCGAUGAACACGGGGGCUGAAGCGGUGGAAACGGCGCUGAAAAUGGCGCGUCGCUGGGCAUAUCGCGUAAAGGGGGUGAGUGAAGACCAAGCGCGCGUUUUUGCCCCACAAGGCAAUUUCCACGGUCGCACUAUUGCCGCUAUCUCCCUCUCGUCGGACCCCGCCUCCACUACGCAUUACGGUCCAUUCGUCCCCGGGCUCCAGGCUCACGUCGACGGCAGACCUAUCCAGUAUGGCUCCAUAGAUGAUCUUCACUAUGCACUCAGCAAGUACGGUCACUCGACCGCUGCGUUCCUCGUCGAACCCAUCCAGGGCGAGGCGGGGAUAGUCGUGCCCAAUGAAGACUAUCUGCGCGCUGCUAAGCGUUUGUGCGAGGAGUACAAUGUGCUCUUUAUCGCGGACGAGAUACAGACCGGUCUCGGGCGCACAGGCAAGAUGCUGUGCAGCGAGCACUCAGGCGUACGUCCUGAUAUAGUCACGCUCGGAAAAGCACUCGGAGGUGGCGUGUAUCCCGUCUCGGCUGUGCUCGCAGACAGACCCAUCAUGCUCACCAUCACUGAGGGCAGCCACGGCUCGACAUUCGGCGGUAACCCGCUCGCUUCUGCCGUCGCAAUGGCGGCGCUUGACGUCAUUGUCGAUGAGCAUCUCUGCGAUAAAGCUGUCCACCUUGGCAACCUCUUCAGAGACGCUGUCAGCCAUAUCCCCUCACCCCUCAUCUUGCAGGUGCGCGGGAAGGGGCUUCUCAACGCUGUUGUUAUCGAUGAGUCCCAGUCGAAGCGCGGCAGAGGCGCUAUGGAAAUAUGCCUUCUCCUUAAACACUACGGUCUGCUCGCUAAACCAACCCAGAAAAAUAUCAUUCGGUUUGCUCCCCCACUCGUAAUCGACGAAAGUGACCUCUUACACGGCGUUGAAAUCAUUCAGAAGGCCAUCCUCAACUUGGAUGUCGUCGACGAUGACUUGGUCUCGGAGCAUGUGCAUGUUUGA